CUGCCGGGGAAACGGAGUACUGAGGGUGUAGGGGAUUGUGCCGGUGCACUAGAAACUCCCGCCAUUUCGAAAGGGAAUUAACCUCUUGAUUGAUCCAGGUUAUUUUUUUCGUAACGCUCGCUAACGCUGUUAUCCAACGGGGAGACGCGCCGACAGUGCGAAAAUGCCGGGUAGAUCAAACGACAGCGGGCCUAGUUUGCACUGACUUUCGGGACUGUACAAAAACGCGCGCCAGACUCGCCUGCCGAGCUGCGACCGAUGCCGCGAGUUUGAUUUCGGUGCGGUUUCGCGUCCUUUCAAGUCAAACCGGAGCUAAAAGUUUCCGAACUUCUCUCCAGAGACACGUCCAGGAGCCCGUUUUACCCACCCGACUCAGCGUGAGACCACCAUGACGCCGCUACCGGAGGAGAGAAGAGGGAUGCAAUGAGGCGGCUGACACGAAGCGCACUGUUAUUGUUUUGCAACGAGAUAGCGAUCCAGCCUGCUAGCUAGCUAGCCAGCUAGCUGCUACACGUUGGGUGCCGGGCCUGCCGGCGGUAACGUGAGCCUCGCUAACACAUUCCGGGGACAUUUGGAUACAUGCUGAGGACAUACUGUUGUAUAUUGUUGUGCUGAGUUGCUGAUAGAAAUAUCCGAGUUCGACUUUGGCACCCGUGCCAAUCUGUGCGUUUGAAAUGGCACCGCUUUUGGGCCGGAAACCUUACCCACUGGCUAAGCCGCUAGCCGAGCCACCAGGCCCGAGAGACGAGGUCUACAUCAUCGAGCACACCAAGGAGGCCUUCAGGAACAAAGAGGAGUAUGAGGCACGCUUGGAGAGGUAUAGUGAGCGUAUCUGGACUUGCAAGAGCACUGGAAGCAGCCAGCUGACGCACAACGAGGCCUGGGAAGAGGAACAAGAAGUCACUGAACUGCUUCAGGAAGAGUAUCCCCAGUGGUUUGAGAAGCCGGUGCUGGAGAUGGUCCACCACAACACAGUGUCUUUGGACAAACUGGUUGAAAUGGCCUGGGUGGAGAUCCUUACCAAGUAUGCCGUGGAUGAAGAGUGUGACUUCCUGGUGGGAAAGGACAAAAGUUUGCAAGUGAAAGUGGUAAAGAUCCACCCCCUAGAAAACCCAGAGAGCGAGACAGGGGAGAAGAAGCUUGAAGGUGCCUGCGACUCGCCGUCCAGCGACAAGGAGAACGCAAGUCAAGAGAACCAGAGGAAGGAGCCUCCCCCCAGAGAGGAGGAGAACCGGAGGGAGAGUCUCAGUGACAGAGCGCGACGUUCCCCAAGGAAACUUGCUACUGCUACGAAGGAGGAGAAGAGGAAGUGGGUAAUGCCCAAAUUCCUUCCUCAUAAGUACGACGUAAAGCUCAUCAGCGAGGAUAAGGUCAUCAGUGAUGUCCCUGCAGACAGUCUUUUCAGAACGGAGCGCCCUCCGACAAAGGAGAUCAUUCGCUAUUUCAUCAGGCACUAUGCCCUGAGGCUGGGCAUGGGAGAGAGCGCUCCCUGGGUGGUCGAGGACGAACUGGUGAAGAAGUUUAACCUGCCCAGCAAAUUCAGUGACUUUCUUCUUGAUCCGCAUAAGUUUUUAGCAGAGAAUCCUUCGGCGAAGCGUAGGAGCUUGACAUCUCCAGAGGGUAAACCUAGCAAGAAGCUUAAGACCUCUGAUACACCAGGAGAGGAUUCGGGAAAUGAGAAGGGGGAGAAGAAAAGGAAAAAGAAGGACGCUUUGGGCAUGCCCCUCAGUCCCACCAUCUGGGGCCACAUGCAGAAAAUCAAAAUGAAUGGGUCUCCACUCAAUGUUAAAAACUCAGGCACUCCUAAGAAAGGAGAAGGCAAAGGCUCCGCACCCUCCACUCCGAAAUCGAGCAGAAAGUCUGGAGACAAAAAAGAAGGAAAGAAAACCGGAAAGAAUGGUGAUAAGAAGCUUAAUGUGCUCAAAGCUAAAAAGGAUGGCAAAGGUGGUGCUAAGACACCGAAGAUGAAGCAGAUGACUCUGUUGCAUCUGGCUAAGAGCAGCCCUGCUGGGAGCCCUAAGAAGAGAGUCCGAAGUACUGGCAUGGGUACACCUAAACUAGGGAAGCCACUGCACCCUAUGGCUCUCCACCUCCUUCGUUACUAUAAGGAGCACAAGGGAAAAGAUGACAAAAAGAAUUCCCUCUCCUCUCUCAUCUCCAAGGCUGCAAAGACCUUAUCCCCAGACGAUCGCAGUCGUCUGCCGGAGGAGCUCAGGGAGCUGGUGCAGAAACGCUGGGAGCUUCUGGAGCAAAAGAAACGAUGGGCAGCCAUGAGCGAAGAGGAACGACAGGAAGAGAUGAAGAAGCGGCGCGAGGAAGUCAAAGAGAAACUACGAGAAAAGGCCAAGGAGAGACGCGAGAAGGAGAUGUUGGUCCGCCGCGAACAAUCCCGUAGAUACGAGGACCAGGAAAUCGAAGAUGGCAAGACCCUGCCGGCAUUCAAGCUUGUAGACAUGCCAGAGGGCUUGCCCAACACCCUGUUUGGUGAUGUGGCCAUGGUCGUGGACUUCCUUCACUGCUAUGCCGGGCUGCUCAUGCCGGAUGACCAGUAUCCCAUCACAGCAGUUGCCCUGAUGGAAGCAUUGGCUGGGGAACGGUCCGGCUUCCACUACCUGAACCGAGUGCUGGUGGUGCUUCUCCAAACGAUGCUGCAGGACGAGCUCGCAGAAGGCUACAGUGAGCUCGAUAUGCCCUUAUCUGAGAUCCCCCUCACCAUGCACUCUGUGUCAGAGCUUGCGCGGUUGUGUCUUCGUCCGUGUGACGCUCACGGCGAGGAGAGUGGCCAGGGCUCAGUGGACUCUGGGCCCAUGGGGGGUUUUGACGACGUGGUGACCAGCGAGUUCCUGGAGAAGCUCGAGACAAUCGAGGUGUUUGAGCUUGGCCCCGAAGAGAAGGUCAACCUGCUGCUGGCUCUGUGCCACCGCAUCCUCAUGACCUACUCGGUGGAAGACCACGUCGAUGCAAUGCACCAGCGAUCGGCUGAGCUGUGGAAGGAGCGCCUGGCAAUGCUGAAAGAGGUCAACGACCGCAAGAAGGCUGAGAAGAAGAAGCGGAAGGAGAUGGAAGGUGAAAAGAAAAAGGACGGGGGUACUAAGAAGGAAGUCAAAAAGGAAGUUAAGGUGGAGCCGGAGCCGGAGGACAUGAUCAGCUCAGUGAAGAGCCGGCGGCUGAUGUCCAUGCAGGCCAAGAAGGAGAAAGAGGAGAUGGACAGGCAGAACAAAGAGCGUAUGGAGAAAGAGGCGGAAGAGGAACGGAUGCGUAAACAGAGGGCCACUGCAGAAAGAGCCUUCCAGGAUGGAAUAACUAAAUCCAGACUUGUCAUGCGCAGGACCCCACUGGGUACAGACAGGAAUCAUAACAGAUACUGGCUCUUCUCGGACGUGGUUCCUGGUCUGUACGUGGAGAAAGGCUGGGUGCAUGAAAGCAUUGACUACAGCUUCACCCCUCCACCCGAAGACAAACCAGCCGACCCCGAGGUGGAAGAGGAGGAGGACGGGGAGUCUUCCACUGCUAAUGACUCUCAAGUCACAGUAGCAGAGAAGGAUGAUGGAAGCAUAGAUGGUGCCAUUAGUGAAGGAGCCCAGCAGGGGGCAGCACCUGACGUCUGUAUAGAAACAACUGCUCCCAACCAGGGACAGAACCUCUGGUUCAUAUGUGACAACCCAGCUGAGCUGGAGGAGUUGGUGGAAGGUCUUCAUUCUCAGGGGGUCAGAGAGAGUGAACUGAAGGCAAAAAUACAAAGCAGGUAUCAGGACAUCCUCCACUCCAUCCAUUUGACCCGUAAGGGCAAAUUGGGCCUCAGGACCUGUGAUGGCUAUGAAGAGCUGCUCAAAUACCUGCGCAGUGACAUACAGGAGGUAGCCUCACGGCUUCAGAAGGGCGGCCUGGGUUACCUGGAUGACAACAUAGACAUCGAACAGCAGUUGAAAGAAACAGAGAGCUUGAAAGACUUUGGCGAGUGCAUCAUCACCAUUCAGGCUUGUGUAAUCAAAAAGUUCCUGCAGGGAUUCAUGGCCCCCAAGCAGAAAAAGAAGAAGAGGCAAGGGGGCGAAGAAAGCAGCAAGGCUGAAGAGGUGGAUGAGGAGAAGAGACUGGCAGAGGAGGCCAGGGUAGCUACGGCGGUAGAGAAGUGGAAGACGGCUAUCAGAGAGGCCCAGACCUUUUCCCGCAUGCACGUGCUGCUGGGAAUGUUGGACGCUUGCAUAAAGUGGGACAUGUCUGCUGAGAACGCUCGCUGCAAAGUCUGUCGCAGGAAAGUGCUCAGGCAGGGCCCAUCUAUUCUGAAGCUGAUGGAGUCUAGGCCCAGAUCCAGAAAGUGCAGCAUGCUCAGAGCAGAACAGUCAAGUAGUGUCAGGCAGGUCUACAUACAGAGCUGGCCGUCCCGCAGACCAACAGGUGAUGAUGAGAAACUCAUCCUCUGUGAUGAGUGUAACAAGGCUUUCCACCUGUUCUGCCUGCGACCGGCCCUGUACCGCAUCCCGGCCGGAGAGUGGCUGUGUCCUGCCUGCCAGCCCACCGUGGCCCGACGUGGCUCUAGGUCGAGGAACUAUAACCAAGACACAGAGGAAGAAGAGGAUGAGGAGGAGUCUGAAGAGGAGGACUCUGAUGAAGAUGAAGAGGACGAGGAGGAAAAUGACUACAAAGCCAUGGGUCACAGCUUGAGGCCAAGGAAGAAGAAUAAGCAGUCUUCAUCCCGGCAGAAAACCUCAAAAAGUAAAUCCAAGACGCAGUCCUCUUCAGGUAGUCAGAGCAGUAAACAGAGAACUGGCCCCAACAGCCCUGCAGACAUUGACGAACUGGUGCGACAGAGUUCACAGUCAGGAGUGCGCAGGCAGGCGUUGGUACUGGAGAGGUGCGAGGAAAUCCUCAAGAAGCUGAUGAAAUUCCGCUACAGCUGGCCGUUCAGGGAGCCAGUGUCCAUAGAGGAGGCAGAGGACUACUUGGACAUCAUCUCCCAGCCCAUGGAUUUCCAGACGAUCCUGGGAAAGUUCAGCCAGGGUGCGUAUCGUCACGCCCAGGACUUCCUGGAAGACUUGAAGCUGGUCUUCUCCAACGCAGAGGAGUACAACCAGCAGGGCAGCACCGUGCUCUCCUGUAUGGUCAAGACGGAGCAGACCUUCACCGAGCUGCUACAGAAGCUACUGCCUGGCCUCAGCUACCUCCGUCGGCGCUCACGCAAACGCAUCAGCCAAGUACCUGCAACAUCCGAGGAAGAUGAGGAAGAGGAAAAUGACGAGGAGGAAGAGGAGGAGGAUGAAGAAGAGCAGGAAGAGGAGCCAAAGAAGAAGAUGCAGAAUGGCAAAUCAAGCAGGAAGAAACUCAGAAGCGGUCGUGGACAGAGGGACGAGGAAAGCGAGAGUGAGGAGGAGGAAGAAGAUGAGGAUGAUGACAGCAGGAGGAGAAGCAAGCGGACCUCGGCCACCUCCAGCAGGAAGGAUUACAGGGAGCAGGAUAGCGAUGGCGAGCGUGACACACGGAGAACUCGUCAGCGGGGGGGGCGGGGCGACACUGGGGGGGCGAGCAGCGACGAGGACCGGUCCAGCCAGCAGCGACAUUCCAAGAGACAGAAACGCUCAUGAAGUCUCUCUGCUUUAACAGAUUAUGUCCUGCUCCUCUUGAAAACAAAAUUUUAAAAAAAUCAAGACCCCUCCCAUCUCCUCCCACAUCCAGCGAGGCUCAAUCCUCAGAAGGACAUUUUUUGUGUUUUUGAAUUUUUGUUCAUAUUUUGAACAACCAACAAGAAAACUGAUUUAUAUUUGUAAUGUUGAAUAUUGGUGAUGUUUUUGUUCAACCAAGAAAAGAGAUGAUGGAGAGGUCCUUAUAGCUCUUAAGACUAUUUGAUUUGAAGUUCAGUUCCAAGGUGACAACCCCACACACUUUGUUAUUUCUUUUUUUCACAUUUUCUCUCCCAACACAGCGGCCCAGUGUAAUCAGAUGUCUGCCUUCAUUCAUAGUUCAGCCAUCACUUUACUGGGGCGUUUCGGAGUAGUCCAGCUGUAAGAUGUCAAUCCCGCUCACUGUCAACAGCCCCGAUGGCUGAUUUAUGAAAUAUUGUCCUCUGUAAACCGCCCUCACUACUAAUCAUCUUGCAACCAAGAUUAUCUUGGGUCAAAUGCAGGUGUAUUAUAGAUAAACACAAUAGUAUUUUACUAGUCCUAGUAGUUGUUUUCCAGCCCAGGCUGUGGGUCGUGACUACAGGAUCACACAUGUAGUCACAUCACUUUUAAUGCAAAGGGAAAAACCAAACUUUUCAUCCCAGCUCCUAGUGCCAAGAUGUUUUUUUUGUUGUUUUUUUUCUAUUCAAAAAAAAGAGGGACCCUACUUGGGGUCUCUUUCUUGGUGUGCAGAGCUGACCAGCCUUUCCUCCUCGGUAGUGCCCUGUCACAAAAAAAAGAACCGGUACCUCAGUGCUCCGUCAGUUUGCACUCCUUCUGUGUCAAGUGCACCUUCUAUGCCAGCAGCUGCAGGACCACACUUUGUUGAGAUCGUGUGCAUAAACAUUUGUAAACAGUGUUUAAAAAAAAUGACAAAUGUGAUGUUUGUUAGGAAAAAACGGGCAUUUUUUAAAUAUUUGAUAUUUUUUGCACAUUUUAUUUGGUAUUGUAAUAAUGACGACUUGUUGAUCUUAAUCACAUCCAAGUAAAUCGCAGGGUGUAACCAGGGCUCUCUCCGUCGACGCAGAGAACACGGUGGGAGUUGUUGUCCUUUGCGUUCUCGCAGCAGAAACUCACUUGCAUGUACAUUUUGUAACAAAACACCCAAAUGACCACCGUCAUUGCUUUUAUGUGGAAUUAGUGACACAAACACUCGUAGGUUUAAAAUCAACUCCUCAGAGGUGAAUGAAGGCUUUCCGCAAUGUCAUGGUUCGAUCACCAGGUGGCGCUCUCCUCCUGCUCUUUUGUCCCCAGUGUCGUCCCGCUAUGACACCUGACUGCCACUGUUAUGCGCCCUCGCUGUGUAUUACGAGCAGGGGAACUCCGUACUGCUGGUUUUGUAGUGACUGGUGGAGACCCGCUGCGGCAGAUUGAUUUUAUUUUUGAAUCCGUCACUAAACGGUCACUAAAAGGUUUCUCUCUGUGGCGAGGUUGCCAUCACACUGAUGAGGCAGUGGUUGGUUUUCCCUCUUCUGUCUUGUUCUGUACUGUUCUAGUUUUCUAGUGCUGUUAUCAUUGAGACUUCACUGAUUUCCUGAUUUUUUUUUUUCUUAUUUGCCCACUAAUUUGCCCCCUCUCGCCUAUUUGUUUGAGUUUGGCUUUGCUCCUGACAUGAUUGACAGUAGUUUCAAUCACUGUUACGAGUGUUUGACAUAUCCACCAACAAGCAAAAGACAACUGUCCCUCUCCAAAUGAGACCAGACUGUAAAUGCUUUUCUUAAUUCUUUGAGGAGCCGCAAAAGUCUUUUACACUUCCUUUUUUUAUAUAUAUUUAUAGUCUCUAAAGCUGUGUUUGGGCAGACUCGGAGGAUUUACAUGUAAAGAAUUUCCAAUAAAGGCUAAGGACGAAGACCGUCGUUCUCCGUUUUGUUUGUGUUGAGCUGAUGAGCGUCCCCAGGUCCGACGAGACCGACAUCCCUGCCAUCUGUAAACCUUGUGAAAGACGAUGAACAGGGAGGAAAGCGGUGCUAUCCGUGACCACCGACCAAUGUCUAAUUUUACUUUUUAAUAAAAUAUCCAAUUGUG